AUGUCUUCCAACUAUAACCGCGAUGUGUCGCAGUACAAGUACUCGGCCAUGUCCAACCUGGUUCUCCAGGCGGACCGCCGUUUCGUCUCGCGCCGGAAGGACGAGCCCUCGGGCGACCCCGAGUCCAUGGCCGGGCGGCUGAAGAUCCAGGACAUGGGCUCGCGUAUUGCCCGGGACAGCGCGCCAAAAACAAAAAAGACGUCGGCGAUGCCAGACGUCAAGCGAGGAGACUUCCGGGAGGGCGAGGACGUGCUUCUGCGCGAGCAGCGGAAACGACAGGGCCAGACAGCUCUGCACGGCACAUCCAUCCUGGGCGGAGCGGAUCUGCUGGUGGACGGACUGCGGUAUCGGCCACGAACAUCGGCAACGCGGUCGACGUUUGAGCUGAUCCUCUCGCUCGUAGCCAAGAACCUGGGCGACGUGCCGCAUGAAGUAGUGCGCAGUGCAGCGGACGCGGUGCUCGAGUACCUCAAGGACCCAAGGUUUGAUAAGAAGCGGGAGGUGGACGACAUCCUGGGCGUGAGCCUGAACGCGAAGGAGUUCAACGAACUGAUGAACCUGGGCAAAAAGAUCACCGACUACGACAACCAGGAGGACGAGGACCAGGAGAUGGCCGACGGCGCCGGCGCCAACGACGACGAGGAGAUUGACGACCGGCAGGGCGUGGCCGUCGACUUUGAGGAGGACGACGACGAGGACGCGAUCGUAAACGAGGUGCGCGACGAGUCGUCGGAAGACGAGGAGGACGAGGAGGACCGGCCAGAGAUCGCAGAGGAGGCAGCCGCGGGCGAAGCUGGCGCAGACCGCGACGAGGAGGAGCUCGGGUUUGCCGACGACGGCGACGCCAUCCUGAUCGACCCGUCUGCGUCAGCAUCAGCAGGCGCAGGUGCCGACAGCAAGAGCAAGCGACAAGGAGGAGGCGGCAGCGGCAAGGUCGACAACGCAGUGGCAGCGCGCGACAUUGACGCCUACUGGCUGCAGCGACAGAUCGGCCGGCUCUACCCGGACGCACAUACGCAGCACGACAAGACGCAGGAGGCGCUACGGAUCCUGGCGGGCGAGCCGGACGAGGCGGGCGGCGCAGAAAAGGAGCUGCACGAGAUCGAGAACGAGAUGAUGGAGCUAUUCGAUUACGAACACCCAGAAGUGGCACAGAAGCUGAUCGACAACCGCGAGAAGAUUGUGUGGCUGACCAAGCUGGCCCGCGCGGAGAGCGACGAGGAGCGCGGGGUGAUCGAGCGCGAGAUGGCAUCAGAGGGCCUGCAGUGGAUCCUCAACGAGCUGCAGGGCAAGACAGGAGGAGCGGACGCGUCCAAGAGGGGCAAGAUGGAGAUCAAGAUGGACGUGGACUCGGGCGCAGCGGCCGUGCUGGCCGGCGAUACAGCCAAGGCCGAAGAGGGCAAAGAGGUCAAGGAGGGCGGCGGCCUGGUCGGCGGGCUGCAGCCGCGCAAGACGAUCAACCUGGAGAACCUCGUGUUUGAGCAGGGCAACCACCUGAUGACGAACCCGCGAGUCUCGCUGCCGGAAGGGUCGACAAAGCGGGUAUUCAAGGGCUACGAGGAGAUCCACGUGCCGCCACCGAAGAAGCGCAGCGACAGCAAGGAGAGCAACAUUCCGGUGACGGAGAUGCCGGAAUGGGCACGAGGCCCGUUCAGCACGACCAAGACGCUCAACCGAAUCCAGUCGCGGUGUUACCCAUCGGCGUUUGAGGGCGACGGCAACCUGCUGGUGUGCGCACCAACGGGCAGUGGCAAGACGAACGUGUCGAUGCUGACGAUCCUGCGGGAGAUUGGCAAGAACCGAGACCCGGAGACGGGCGAGAUCGACCUGGACGCGUUCAAGAUUGUGUACAUUGCCCCGCUCAAGGCGCUGGUGCAGGAGCAGGUCGGCAACUUUAGCAAGCGACUGGAGCCGUUUGGGGUUUCAGUGCGCGAGCUGACGGGCGACCGGCAGUUGACGAAGCAGCAGAUCGCAGAGACACAGGUGAUUGUGACGACGCCGGAGAAGUGGGACGUGAUCACGCGCAAGGCGACGGACCUGUCGUACACGCGAUUGGUGCGACUAAUCAUCAUCGACGAGAUCCAUCUGCUGCACGACGACCGUGGCCCGGUGUUGGAGAGCAUCGUCAGCCGGACUUUGCGGCGAACCGAGCAGACAGGUGAGGCGGUACGGCUGGUCGGGCUGUCGGCGACGCUGCCCAACUACCGCGACGUGGGCAGCUUCCUGCGGGUGGACGCAACCAAGGACCUCUUCCACUUUGACGGGUCGUACCGGCCGUGUCCGCUGCGGCAGGAGUUUAUCGGCGUGACGGAGCGGAAGCCGAUCAAGCAGCUCAAGGCGAUGAACGACAUUACAUACGCCAAGGUUCUGGAACACGUGGGCCAACACCGCAACCAGAUGCUAAUCUUUGUGCACUCGCGCAAGGACACGGCCAAGACGGCACGACACAUCCGCGACCGGGCCGUGGAGCUGGAGACGAUCAGCCAAAUCCUCAAGCACGACGCAGGCAGCACAGAGGUGUUGCGUGAGGCGGCCGAGCAAGCCACCGACCGGGAGCUCAAGGACCUGCUGCCAUACGGCUUCGGCAUCCACCACGCCGGCAUGAGCCGGGCUGACCGGACAGACGUGGAGGACCUCUUCGCACAAGGCGCGAUUCAGGUGCUGUGCUGCACAGCGACGCUGGCGUGGGGCGUUAACCUGCCAGCGCACACGGUCAUCAUCAAGGGGACGCAAGUGUACUCGCCCGAAAAGGGCAGCUGGGUGGAGCUGAGCCCACAGGACGUGCUGCAGAUGCUGGGCCGGGCUGGGCGGCCGCAGUUCGACACGUACGGCGAGGGCAUCAUCAUCACAGCGCACACGGAGCUGCCAUACUACCUCUCGCUGCUCAACCAGCAGCUGCCGAUCGAAAGCCAGCUGGUCAGCCGGCUGGCCGACAGCCUCAACGCAGAGGUGGUGCUGGGCAACGUGCGGUCACGUGACGAGGCAGUAGAGUGGCUGGGGUACACGUACCUGUUUGUGCGCAUGCUACGGGCGCCGGGACUGUACCAGGUCGGGGCCGAGUACGAAGCAGACGAGGCGCUGGAGCAGAAGCGGGUGGACCUGGCACACGCGGCGGCGGUGGUGCUGCGACGCGCCGGGCUGGUGCGGUACGACGAGAAGACGGGCCGGCUGCAGGCGACGGAGCUGGGGCGAAUUGCGUCGCACUACUACGUCACGCACGGGUCGAUGGAGACAUACAACAGUCUGGUGCAGCCGGGCGUGACGGCGAUCGAGCUGAUGCGCAUCUUUGCGCUGAGCGCGGAGUUCCGAUACAUCCCGGUGCGACAGGAAGAAAAGCUGGAGCUGGCACGACUGCUGGGCCAAGUGCCGAUCCCGGUCAAGGAGAGUGUGGAAGAGGCGCACGCCAAGGUGAAUGUGCUGCUGCAGGCGUACAUCUCGCGGCUGCGGCUGGACGGACUGGCGCUGAUGGCGGACAUGGUGUACGUGACGCAGUCGGCCGGACGGAUCCUGCGGGCCAUCUUCGAGAUUGCGCUGAAGAAGGGAUGGGCAGGCGUGGCACGAACGGCGCUGGAGCUGUGCAAGAUGGCAGAGAAGCGGAUGUGGCCGACGAUGACGCCGCUACGGCAGUUUGCGAGCUGUCCACGCGAUGUGGUGUCCAAGGCCGAGCGCAUCGACGUGCCGUGGCCGAACUACUUCGACCUAGACCCUCCACGGAUGGGCGAGCUGUUGGGACUGCCGCGAGCAGGCGCCGGUGCGGCAGUAUGCCGGCUGGUGAGCAAGUUCCCGCGGCUGCAGCUACAGGCACAGGUGCUGCCGGUGACACGGUCGCUGAUGCGGAUCAGCCUGACAAUCACGCCGCGGUUCGUCUGGGACGAAGAGGUGCACGGGCUGGCCGAGGCGUUCUGGAUCGUGGUGGAGGACGGCGACGGCGAGGAGAUCCUGUUCCACGACCAGUUCCUGCUGCGGCGAGAGUAUGUCGGGACGGCCGAAGGGGGCGAGGGCGCCGGAGAAGGCGAGAACGAGCACGUGGUGGAGCUGACGGUGCCGAUUGCCGACCCGCUGCCACCAAACUACUUUGUGUCGGUGGUGUCGGACCGAUGGAUGCACGCAGAGACACGACUGGCGCUGCCGUUCCACAAGCUGAUCCUGCCCGACCGAUUUCCACCACACACGGAGCUGCUGGACCUGCAGCCGCUGCCGGUAUCGCUGUCAGCGCUUAAAUCGGCCGAGCACGUGGCGCUGUACCAGCCGUGGACACACUUCAACCGGAUCCAAACGCAGACGUUCAGCUCGCUCUUCUCGACGGACCAGAACGUGCUGGUGGGCGCGGCCACGGGCAGCGGCAAGACGGUGUGUGCCGAGUUUGCCCUGCUGCGGCUGUGGUCGGGCGGCAACGGUAGUGGUCGAGCAGUGUACGUGGCCCCCCUGCAGGAGCUGGUCGACGUCCGUUUCGAGCACUGGGAGCGGCGGUUCGGCGACAUUGGUGGCGGCAAGACGGUGGCCAAGCUGACGGGCGACGUGACGAUGGACCUCAAGCUGCUGGCGCAGACGGACCUGGUACUGGCCACACCGGCCCAAUGGGAUGCGCUGGCACGGGACUGGCCUCGACGCAAGACAGUGCAGACGGUGCAGCUGUUCAUCGCAGACGACCUGCACAUGAUUGGCAGCAGUGCGGCCAGCGGCCACGUGUACGAGGUGCUGGUGUCGCGGAUGGCACAUAUGCGGCAACAGCUGGCGGCCAAGCAGGCAACGACAGCGGCAGCACGGUUGCGGAUCGUGGCGCUCUGCGUGUCGAUGGCAAAUGCGCGCGAAAUGGGCGACUGGAUCGGAGCGGCCAAGCACGACACAUACAACUUCAGCCCGCAGGUGCGGCCGGUGCCGCUGGAGCUGCACCUGCAGUCAUACACGGUGCCACACUUCCCGUCGCUGAUGCUGGCGAUGGCGAAGCCGGCCUUCUUGGCCAUCACGCAGCUGUCGGCAGCGCAGCCAGCGCUCGUGUUCGUGCCAUCACGAAAACAGACGCGGGCAACGGCACGUGACCUACUGCUAGCGUGUGUGGCCGCAGCCUCAGAGGGCGGAGCCGACGGUGACGAGGACCGGUUUCUGCACGUGGACCCGGCGCAGCUGGGGCCACUGCUGGAGCGGGUGCAGGAGCCGGCACUGCGCGAGGCGCUGUCGCACGGGGUGGCCUACUACCACGAGGCGCUGAGCGCGACGGACAAGCGGAUCGCACGACACCUCUUCGCCAACGGAGCCGUUCAGGUGAUGGUGGCGUCACGUGACGUGUGCUGGGAGCUAGCACGCGACGACUGCACGGCACACCUGGUGGUGGUGAUGGGGACGCAGCAGUAUGACGGGCGCGAGCACCGGUACGUAGACUACGCGCUGGCCGAGCUGCUGCAGAUGUUCGGGCGGGCACUGCGGCCGGCCAAAGAGGGCGCCGGAGCGGGACGGAGCCGCGGCGUGCUGAUGCUGCCGGCGGUCAAGCGGGACUACUACAAGAAGUUUCUGAACGAGGCGCUGCCGGUGGAGUCACUGCUGCACGACAACCUGGCGGACGCAUUCAUGGCGGAGGUGAGCGUGCGGGCGAUCCGGUCGGGCGACGACGCGCUGGAAUGGCUGACCCGGACCUUUUUCUACCGGCGACUGCUGGCGAACCCGAGCUACUACAGUCUCGGGAGCCGAUCAGAGGACGCGGUCGGACAGUUUCUGACGGCGCUGGUGGAGGACACGCUGCUGGAGCUGCGGGAGACGAAGCUGGUGGAGAUUGACGACGACGACGACGACGAGGACGCAGAAACCGAGGGGGCGAUCCGGCCGCAAAACGGCGCCUCCGUGGCGACGUACUACGGGCUCUCGUACGUGACGAUGCAGACGCUGCUGCUCUCGCUGACGGCGCGGACGCGGCUCAAGGGCAUGCUCGAGAUCGUGACGGCGGCGGCCGAGUUCGAGACGCUGCUGCAGACCCGUCGCCACGAAGAGCGGCUGCUGCAGCGCAUCUACGACCGGGUGCCGGUCAAGCUGGCGGCCGCACCGACGACGGCCGACGAAUGGGCCGCGCCAGCCUUCAAGGCGUUCGUCCUGCUGCAGGCACACUUUGCGCGCAUGCAGCUGCCGGUCGACCUGGCACGCGACCAGGAAGUCGUGGUGGCCCGCGUGCCGGCGCUUCUGAGCGCGACAGCCGACCUGCUCGCAUCACAGGGCCACCUCAACGCGCUGCAGGCCAUGGAGAUGACACAGAUGGUGGUGCAGGCCAUGUGGGACCGGGACAGCCCGCUGAAGCAGAUCCCACACUUUACGCCAGAGGUGAUCAAGGACGUCUUUGACUUUAUCGACAAGAUGAACCCCGAGGAAAAUAAGCAGUACGCCGACCUGGUCCGCGACCUCGGCCUGACCCAGGCUCAGCUGGUCGAGGCCGCUCACUUCACCAACGACAAGUACCCAGACAUCACGCUCGACUUUGAGGUCGAGGAUGCCGAUGAGCUGCGGGCGGGCGAGCCGAUGACGCUCAAGAUCAAGCUGGAGCGCGAGGGCGGCGACGAAUCGGACGAGGAGGACGAGGCCGAAGCCGAGACAGACGACGACCUCUCCGUCCACGCGCCCUUCUUUCCCGGCCGCCGCCUCGAGCGCUGGUGGCUCGUCGUCGGCGAGGAGCGCACCAAGUCGCUGCUCGCCAUCAAGCGCACGUUUGUCGGCCGCCGCAAGCCGGUCGAGCUGCGGCUGCCGGUCGAGCUGCCCGAACCGGGCGAACACACGUUCAAGCUGUACCUGAUGAGCGACAGCUACGUGGGCGUGGACCAGGACCCGUCCUUUACCGUGCAGAAAGAAGCCAACGCCGCCACGAUGACGGACGUCGCGGCCGACGCAAAGGCAACAGCGCCUGCUGCUGCCGCUGAGGAGCCCAAGCUCGCCGACGCGCUAGUCGAAGCUUCUGCUCCGGCUGCCGAUGCCGAGACCACUGCCAAGACCGAUGGCGAAGCUGCGGCUGCCGAUGCUGAUGCCGAUGCCAAGCCCACGGACGAGACGCGUGCCGAUGGCGCAGCCGAAGCUACCGGUGAAGCAUUUGCUGCGACAGAAUCCGACGCGCCGGCCGCCGAGAAAAAGGACGCCGCAGACGAGACGGCGUCUACGCCCGCGAAAGCCGCCAAGGCGUCAACAUCCGCGUCGCGCCGCAAGUCCGUCGGUCAGAAGCUCAACCGCAAGGCCUCCAAGAUCCGGACCACCCACCUCGAAGCCAAGCCCGGCGACCACUACUUUGUCAAGCUCAAGGGCUAUCCGGCAUGGCCCGUCAUCAUCUGCGACGAGGACAUGCUGCCCCAGACCCUCGUCAAGUCGCGCCCCGUCUCGGCCGCGCGCCAGGACGGCACGUAUCGCGAAGACUACGCCGACGGUGGCAAGCGUGCUGCCGACCGCACGUUUCCCGUCAUGUACUUGUUCACAAACGAAUUCGGCUGGGUUCCCAACCAGGACAUGCACGAUCUUGACCCUUCCAAAGUCCUCGAAGCCGUCAAUGACAAGAUGCGCAAGGACCUGCAGCAUGCUCACAAGCUCGCGGCCGAGAGCAACCCCCUGGGCUACUACAAGGAUAUGCUGCGGCAGUACCAGGAAGACCUCGAGCGGGCUGAGGAGGCUAAGCGCCAGGCCCAGGCCACACCGAAGAAGACCAAGAAGGUAGCAUACAAAGAGGGGGAUGUCGACAUGCUCGAUGUGCCGAUGGACGAUGACGAGGAGGCGGCGGCAGCGUCGAAGAAGGCGAAGAAGCGAAAGGCCGACGACGAUACCCGAACUCCCCAACGGUCGGACUCGGCCAAGAAGCCGAAGAUCAAGAUCACAUCCUCGGGCACACCCAAGAGCACCAACGGCACGCCGACGGCAGCUAAGAGCGCCAAGUCUAAGCCCAAGAAUAGCGAGGUCCCGGCUGCCCCGAUCACGGUGCCAGUGGAGGACGAGGUGGCGCCUGAGGAGAAGCUUCGGCGCAAGACUAAAGAGAUCUACUUUUUACGGCACAAGAUUCAGAACAGUCUCCUGCCACGCGACCAGGCGCCUAUCAAGCCCGACGAGAUGAAGCUGACCUCCGACUACCUCACCAAGCUCGAGAGCUUUUCCUCCCUCGAGGUGGUUAUUAUCCGCCAGACCAAGAUCAACAAGCUGCUCAAGGCCAUUCUGAAGAUCGAGACCAUUCCACGCGAGGAGGAGUUCAAGUUCAAGCCGCGCUCGCAUGCCCUGUUGGACAAGUGGAGCAAGCUGUUGGCAGCACAGCCGGAUCCAGAAGCAGCGGCGGCACGAGGGAACACCAACGGUGCCAGCACAAAUGGGCACGCCAAGACGAAGGAGGCCAAGGCCAACGGUGCCAAGGACGAGAAGGAGGCCAAGGACGGCAAAGACGGCAAAGACAGCAAAGACAGCAAGGCCCCAUCUCCGGAGGACGUUGCCGAGGCGAAGGAGGACAAGGCCAAGACGAGCGAAGUCGAUAUGGAGUCGGAGCCGCCAAAGGAGAUCGAGAAGGCAAAGGAAGAGCCCGAGGCCGUCGAGGCAACUGCUUAG